AUGCGUUGGUCUGUUCUCGAUACAGUGUUAUUGGCUGUGAUUUCCUUUCAUCUGAUUCAGGCACCUUUUACCAAAGUCGAAGAAAGCUUUAAUAUUCAGGCUAUCCAUGACAUUUUAACGUACAGUGUAUUUGACAUUUCUCAAUAUGAUCACUUGAAGUUCCCGGGUGUGGUCCCUAGAACAUUCAUCGGUGCUGUCGUUACUGCCAUGCUGGCCAGACCUUAUCUUUACUUCAGUUCUUUAAUUCAAGAUUCUAGACCUACUUCUAUCGAUGUUCAAUUGGUUGUUAGAGCUAUUGUUGGCCUCACCAAUGGGCUUUCAUUCAUUUAUUUGAAGAAUUGUUUGCAAGAUAUGUUUGACGAGAUCACGAAAAAGGAAAAGGAAAAAAAUGAUGAAGAGGAUAUAUGUAUAUACGAUAGCGUCGGUUCGUGGUUCCUUUUAUUUUUAAUUGGCAGUUUCCAUCUUAUGUUUUACAGCACUAGAACUUUGCCCAACUUUGUCAUGACUCUCCCUUUAACUAACGUUGCAUUGGGGUGGAUUUUAUUGGGUCGUUAUAAUGCAGCUGUUUUUCUAUCUGCAUUCGUCGCAAUCGUGUUCAGAUUAGAAGUUUCAGCUUUAAGUGCUGGUAUUGCCUUAUUUAGUGUUAUUUUCAAAAAGAUUACAUUAUUCGGUGCUAUUAAAUACGGAAUUUUUGGUUUAGGUCUUGGUUCCAUCAUAAGUAUAACCGUUGAUUCAUACUUCUGGCGGGAGUGGUGUUUACCUGAAGUGGAUGGCUUCUUGUUUAACGUUGUGGCCGGACACGCUUCCAAAUGGGGAAUUGAGCCAGCCACUGCUUAUUUUACCCAUUACUUGAGAAUGAUGUUUAUGCCGCCAACAGUUCUAUUGCUAAAUUACUUCGGUUAUAAAUUAGCUCCUACGAAAUUAAGGAUUGUUACACUAGCAUCUUUUUUCCACAUUAUCGUCUUAUCCUUCCAACCUCAUAAGGAAUGGAGGUUUAUCAUCUAUGCUAUUCCCUCUAUCUUGCUGUUAGGUGCCACAGGAGCCGCGCAUCUUUGGGAAAAUAUGAGAAUAAAGAAAAUCACUAAUGUUCUAUUUUUGACUAUAUUACCUUUGUCAAUAGUGAUCUCUUUUCUCAUUUCAAUGGGAUUUCUGUAUAUUUCGAGAAUGAAUUAUCCAGGUGGUGAGGCUUUAACUUCCUUUAAUGAUAUGAUCAUAGACAAGAAUAUCACAAACGUUACUGUCCAUGUUAGCAUACCACCUUGUAUGACGGGCGUUACUUUGUUUGGUGAGUUGGACUACGAUAUAUACGGUGUCAAUUAUGAUAAGACUGAAAAUGCCACUGUCUUGCAGAAAAUGUGGCCUUCCUUUGAUUUCUUGAUUACCCAUGAACCAACCGCUGCUCAAUUACCAUUCGAAAACAUGACUACCAAUCGUUGGGAACUCAUUAGUACAACCAAAAUGUUCACCGGAUUUGAUCCAACCUACAUCACGAACUUCAUUCUUCAAGAAAAAGUUAAUGUUCUCUCUCUGCUUAAGCAAAUCAUUUUCGACAAGACGCCUGCCGUUUUCUUGAAAGAACUGACCACUAAUUCAAUUGUGAAGAACGAUGUCUUUUUCAUAUAUAAAAGAAUCGGACAAAACGAAGAACAACUUUGA